AUGAAUCCUCUGAUCGCGUGCAUGAUAGUCGGCCUGGCAGGGUUCGCCCUGGCGGAGCCGCCAGUCUCGUCUGGCUACAGCUAUAACAGGCCAUCCGGAGGAGGCGGCGGCGGCGGCGGUGGUGGCUAUUCUUUCGGCGGUGGCGGCGGCGGCGGGGGUGGCUAUUCUCUUGGAGGCGGCGGUGGAUACACCCAAGUGUCCACCGGCUACCAGACCAGCGAGGGCGCCUCCGUCGACGGAGCCCUGCUCGAGCAGAUACGUCAGAUACUGCUGAAGGAGGAGCUGAGUUCGCAGCAGACCGGCGGAUUCGGGGGCGGUGGAUACGCGCCUAGCUCUAGCUACGGUGCCCCGUCCAGCCAGUACGGUGUGCCCAGCUCGUCCUACGGUGUACCCAGUUACCAAACCCGCGUGGUAGGCAUCGAUCUCGAGGGAAUCAGGCAAGCGAUCCAGGUGGCGCAGUUCAACCAGGUCAGCCAAGGACCUGGCGGCUACCCGAGCGGACCGAGCGGAUCCUACGGAGCUCCGAGCAGACCCAGCGGUAGCUACGGUGCCCCGUACUAA